AUGAAAAAGACUUUACAUAUCUUUUGCUCCUCAACUCACAACCCCUUCUCUCUCUCCCUCCCCAGAUACAUUGCCAUCAUGCAUCCGCUCCGGCCACGCAUGGGGAGGAAAGCCACCAUUCUCAUCGUGGUGUGGAUAUGGGUCUCGUCCGUCUGCCUGUCGCUUCCUAACCUCAUCUACUUCACCACCGCCACCCUCAGCUACGCCGGGGGGGAGAGGAUCGUCUGCUACGCUGCCUGGCCGGAUGGUGACCAGGGAGAGAGUCAAUCUGAAUACGUACACACAGUGGUGCUGAUGGUGCUGACCUAUAUCCUGCCGCUCACCUGCAUGGGCUUCACUUACGUGCGCAUCGGGCUUACGUUGUGGGGGAGCCGUAGCAUCGGAGAGCAGACGCCCCGCCAGGUGGAGAGCAUCAAGUCCAAGAGGAAGGUAGUGAAGAUGAUGAUCGUGGUGGUGACAAUCUUCGCUGUGUGUUGGCUGCCCUACCAUAUGUACUUCAUCCUCUCCAACCUGAUGCCGGAGAUAGCGCACUACGAGUUUAUCCAAGAGACUUAUCUAGCUAUUUAUUGGCUGGCGAUGUCAAAUUCCAUGUACAACCCAAUGAUUUACUGCUGGCUCAACAACAGGUUCCGCAACGGGUUCAAGAAGGUGUUCUCGGGGUGGCUGCCGUGUGUCACCUACGAGAGCGAGGCCACUGAUGUGAGCCGCGUCAAGACAGCGCGCUUCUCCUGCUCUGGCUCGCCCGAGACUCACCAUCGAGUGACGUGCGAUGGCUCCUCACACAUCUCCAUGCGCAACCUCGCCUCCUCAGACCUCAGCAUCAGCGGCUCGCGGCUUCCCCCCGUCAGGCUUUGCAACGGAGCCAACAUACGCCGGGCGACUAACGGCGCCGACACCUCCCGGAGCUACGGGGGCACUCUGGUACCGCCCAAGCACACCCCGUACCCCAGCGUCACCUACCAGCAGUAUGUGUGAGGGUGUGUGUGUGUGUUCCACCUACGCACCCACACCCACACAUGCCCAGACUUCGGAAACUGGGUGGGAGAAGCUCCGUGUGUGUGAGCAGUGCUUGAGCGACUGAGUGAGGUCGUUGCGAGGUUGUUGUGCGUGUGUACGGGUAUGUGGGGUGAGGGGGAGGUUGUGGUUUAAGCGCGGCUGUGGGUGGGAGGAGGUGAAUUAGGCAGUUCUGGGGGAGAAAGAGUCCUGUAGGGCAGUAGCAUGGGGAGUGAGCGAGGCAAUACAUGGGGAGUGAUGGGGAGGGAAGGGAUGAGGUGCGCCGCCUUGGCUGCGUGUUAUGAGGCUGCACGUGGCGGGGUGAGGCGCGUGCUGACCACCAUACAAACUGAACACCUGAUUUGCUACGUGGCGUGGGUGAUGGAGACGUGCCCGGAGAGAGGUGUUGUCGUGCUGCUCUCUCCUCCCACGUCUGCACCUCUCAGCGUCGCUGCCUGAGAGCCACCACCCUCGCCACCUUCAGCUAACACAACUACUUAGACUAAGAGACCACCGUUACUCCUUCCUUCAUCCUGUGCAUUCUCUUCUUCUCCCUCCCCACCCACGCCCAUGAGAGGAAGAAAAGAGAAGAAAAUAAGUGAGAGGAGGAGGAGGAACACGUAAGAUACUAACUCUUCUCCAUACAGUUUCAAUAUAAUGAUAAUGAUGAUCAAAGUAAAAACAAUACACAGAAACUGAAUUACUUUGCAAUCAACGUCCAGCAUUGUAGGUAUUCAAGACACACACUCUCACUUUUAAGAAAAUAUAAGGAAAAAAAUGAUCUUCUAAAAGCUACUUGUGAUAAUGCAAUAUGAGUAAAUAAAACGUCAUCUUUGUGUCAGAGAGAGAGAGAGGGAGAGAGAGAGAGAGAGAGAGAGAGAGAGAGAGAGAGAGAGAGAGAGAGAGAGAGAGAGA